GACCGAAACUCGAAAUGAAAUUCGAAAAAAAUAAAACUCGAACUGAGUGUGGUCCCUAAGUGCAUGUGUACAAAAAUAAUCUUUCAGUUUUUAAAGAUUUACUCAGAUUCCUGCUUAUACUUUGAUAUCAAACUAUCGAAACCAAAUCUUUCAAACGUUAAACUUCCAGUCGGAUAUGAGCUCCAUUCAAGAAUGCGGCGAUUUCUCUCAAUUUCAGGAAGAACUCAAAAGGAUGCGAGCCUUGGAUGAUAAGAUUAUCUAUGCUCUCAAUACAUCGCUCCCCACGGAAUCCUUUAAGGGUCAGAUUAAUCCAGAGACCCAAUGUCGCGAUCUGCAUCGGCAACUAGCAGCCGGUUACAGCUACAGACAAGACACCAUCAAAAAAUGCAUCCAAUCAUGCGCCGACAAUGUGAAAGCACUGAAGGAUAAAAGGGAGCAGAAUCGAGACGAUGUUAAGCUGAACAAAGAAUUCAAAUCGGAACAGAGAAAGCUUCGACUGCUUCAAACAGAGCUUAGUGUUGAGGACAUCAUUCGCGAGAGGACACAGAAAACCUUCCGGGAGCGUUGCCGUAUGUUCGUCAACGUCGAUACGUUAUAGAACUCGCCGAAGCCGGCAUUCGAUACGGCACAAUUUACUCGAUACUAUGGCGAUCGUAAGUCGAACACCACCAGCAACUACCCGUACAAUAUUCGAUGGGACAACAGUAGCAAUGGAUGAUGAUGAAUACCUCGGAACUUUGCAGCAGUGGCAGUUACAGCAAAGACAAAGAGCAACGUAAGCACGUGAGCAUUUAAUAAUUUACUUUUUUCUUAAAACUUCGGUUCCACUAAUCAAAAAGUUGAAAAGUUUAAUUUCCUGUUAGAAACAAAUAGAUUGUUUAGAAAUCCUUUGAAAUUAA